AUGGAAGCGCUGCUUGCAAAAGCAGUGACGCUACGCUCGUUCCUCGAAAGCGCUUCCAAAGAUGGCAACCUGAAACAAGCCGUCCCGCUUCAGCAAAACCUCUCGCGAGUGACCAACCCCGACGUCUCUUUUGCGUUGGACCAUACGUUUCUCAUCCAGUCACUUCCCGCGGGGGUGAACCCAUUUCCUCGAUCUCCGUGGAACUGCAACCUAUGCAUGUCACAUACAGAACUGGUACAUCAUGUGGUCGAGCAGCUCGUUGUACGCAAACGGUUGAUAAAUUGGGAAGACGCAAAUGUCCUGACGCUUGGGUAUCGAGAAGAAACGCCGAUGGCUUCAGGUCACCGCGUGACGCAAUCCAAUGGGAUCGUGUGUUACUACCCAAAUACACUGGUAGCUGCGCUCAAGCAGCCGCUGUGGGGGUCAUUGCACGAGCUCAUGGGAGAUGACCUCAUGAUGCAUUUGCUGCUCAACUAUACCAUUUUGGUGCAGCUGAAAGAAGGCCCAACUUCCUACAUGCAGCUGGCGGGAAAAAGCCUGCGUCAGCAAAAGGGUCACUAUGGAGACGACAGUGCAAAGCGCACUGUAUCGAUUCACCGCAUCAUGUAUGCUCGCUCCUUCCAAAAAGAUCGAGUGUUUGCGGGCUCGCAUGUUUUGGUAAAAGCGCUCAAAACGGGCAAUCCAAUCAGUCGUACUGUAGCAUCUCGAUUACUUCGAUCAAUCUUUCCUGACGUAGCCGGUCGAAAACGUUUACCAAAGCGGUUGGUUCAUUUGAUCCCGACGAUACAGGCCAUGGUAUCAAGAUUCAACGCGUGUCAGAUCCAAGCUCUUGCGAAGACUCUUACGCCUUUGAACGCUGGAUUCCGAAAGUUUAUGGCGGACAAUCCAAGCAUCAAGCGUAAACUGGCAGAGAAAGCUGCUGAAGCGAAAGUGUGUGACCAGCCUAUACUCUUUCCGAUCGUACAGAAAUCUCUGGAUGACGGAUACUUGAGCCAAAGCGAAGUCGUGACACCGAGCUCCGAUCGUAAACGCAAGCAAAGAGAGCAGGCACUUAGCAUGCUGUCCCAUGCAUCAGUGGUUGAACCAGAACGUGGAAAUGGUACAUACUGUUGCGGUAAAAAGAAGCCGAAAAACGUUGACACUAGCAGCGUAAAGAUGCUUCGCGUUCACGAGCAGACAGACCUGACCAAACUGCAACGACACAAGGCGGAUAUCGAUCAAUUGCUGACUUUUACGACACCCAAACAGAAGAUCUAUCGACUAGUACGUAAGUUUGUUGCUCGAGUCAUUCCAAAAGAAUUAUGGGGCAGCUGUGAUACGCAGAAAAACUGGAAGUGUGUGAAGAUGCUGCUGCACAAGCUCAUUUUUUCUCGCAAAUUCGACAUCUUCUCGCUUUCAAAAUGCACCGAUAGGUUUCAGGUGCACAAUGUGGAAUGGACGAAAGUGCAAACAAGUGCAACGUUUUGCCCACCGAACGAACGAGUCAAGCGCAAGAAGCUCUUCGAGGACUUGCUAUACUGGAUGACGUCAGUCUUGGUCUUCCCAGUUUUGCGGAACUUGUUUUAUAUUACAGAGACUGAGGGAUCGGCGAAUGAGAUUGCGUACUACCAGCGCCCGGUUUGGAAUACAAUCAGUGCGCUAGCUCUCGAUGACUUGGAAGGGGGGAUCCUGCAGUCGUUGAGUACCCAGACUUCAUUAAGCAACCACAGUCAACGCGUACUAGGAACUUCUCGACUAAGGUUGUUGCCUAAGACUACUGGGGUUCGGCCGCUCAUGAAUCUGUCCACAGCUGUUGACCGAACCAAGUGCUCAGUAAACAGAUCUUUGGAAACCGUCCAUCGAGUGCUAGCAUUCGAGGCAGAGCGACAGCCUAAGCGACUUAUUGGAGCAUCGGUACAGAACAUUGACGAUAUCUACAAGCGCGUAAAGCCUCUGUUCGGUCAGAUAUCCUCCUGCCCUCGAUGCAGGGAGCGGCAGCGUACUUCUCGGGAUGUACCAAUGGCUUACUGCGUGACAGUAGACAUUGAACGCUGUUUCGAGACAAUCCGACCUCAUAAGCUGUAUCAGAUACUGAAGAAGGCUAUGCGAGAAGAUGAAUACCUCAUCCGCAAGCAUUGGGUUGGUCGUCAAGUUGCUCCGAUCCCGUCGAAUAUCGAUCUGGAAAGAUUGUUACCACAUGAGUCGUUUCAUUUCAAGCUGGAGCGUCCAGCAUACCCAUCCGGCGAGUUCCUUAGUUUCAACGAGGUUGUAGCGCAGUCUGCGAAGAAGAACGCAAUGUAUGCGGACGGUGUUGUCUAUGACUGCCUCACGAAAACGCAAGCCCUUCGGUUGUUGAAAGACCAUAUGCUCGCGAAUGUCGUCGAGAUAGAUGGCCGCGACUACGUUCAACGAUGGGGGAUCCCACAAGGUUCCGUGCUCUCCACGAUUUUGUGUAACAUGUAUUAUGCUCAUUUUGAGCGACGAGUGCUUCGCAGACGUUUGCCAAAAGUACACGAUCCGACUUUUGACCCUGUGUCUUGCUGUCAACACGAAGAACUGUUCCGUUAUACGGACGACUUCAUGUUUAUCACGACAGACCUAAAACGAGCGCAGAAGUUCUUCAGCGUGAUGCACGAAGGCAAUAUCGAGUAUGGAUGUUACGUGAAUCCGGCCAAAAGCCAAGCAAAUUUUGAGACCGCAGCCGGCACAAAUCAGCAAAUGAAAUCUGCAUCGUCAGCAUCGGAAUGUGGUAUAUCGUGGUGUGGCAUGCUAAUAAAUCCCAACCGACUUCAGGUCUACGUCAACUAUGAGAAACUGAGCAGCUCGUUGCUUCAUAGCUCAAUUCCACUUAACGACACAAGAGCGCCACGAGAUUUCUUCGUGAGCAAAGUGAUUUCUCCAAUUCGCCAGCGUUGGCAUGCACUGUACUUCGAUCCCGAGUUGCUUUCGCUGGACACCAUUCACAUCAACAUGUUCCAAAUGCUGAUGUUUACAGCGCACCGAUUUACAAUCCUCGUCGAGAUGUUACCGUUCGUGAACUAUGGUAUGCGCUUCUUUCACGAAAGCAUCCACCGAAUUCUACAUAAAAUGGUCAAGACCGUCCAUCGCAGUCUAGAGCCCGGUGAAUGCACGAAGAAAACUUCUAGGUCUUACAUGGCCCGGAAACACCAGGUGUGGGAAAUAGGUCUUUAUGCAUUCCAGCUCACCAUCCUUGCCAAGCUGGAUAAGAAAGUUAAUGCAAAGCACCACCAACGUCAGCCGGCAGAUUGGCUCAAGCUGGUGGACAUCGUACGAACGGAACUGGAAGAAUUUGGACGACUUGCGAAAACAAGUCAAGGUACUGGAUGUCACUCAGUUUUUAAAAUCGAUUGGUUAUUGCAUGACCGCCGCAAUGUGACCGUGUUGAAACACUUCCUGCAACUUGGUGCGAACAGCUCGAGUGGCAAAAGCAGCAGUUGA